CUAACUGACUCAGACAGCAGGCGGUCGGAGGUUAGGAGCUUCGAGAAGCCAGCUCCAAGAAGUCAGCUCCACCGCCACAGGCUCUGCUGUGCCUGCCCUGAGUAUCAUGUCGGGGUGGAACCUCAAAGACAUCCCUGCCGGGAAUCUGGACAAGUUCAUCGAAGACUAUCUCUUACCAGACACACGUUUUCGCAGGCAGGUCAGACAAGCCGUCCACAUCAUCUCCACUUUCCUGAAGGAGAGGUGUUUCCAAGAUGCGCCACACCCCGUGCGGGUGUCCAAAGUGGUCAAGGGUGGCUCUUCGGGCAAAGGCACGACCCUCAGAGGCCGAUCCGACGCCGACCUCGUGGUCUUUCUGAGUAACCUCACAAGUUUUCAGGAGCAGCUUGACCACCGGGGAACGUUCAUCUGGGAAAUUAAGAGGCAGCUGGAAGCCUGUCAAGAGGAGGAAACGUUUGCAGUGCAGUUUGAAGUACAGAGUCUGCAUUGGGAGAGGCCCCGGGCCCUGAGCUUUGUGCUCAGGUCCCCCCAGCUCCAGGAGGGGGUGGAGUUUGAUGUCCUGCCUGCCUUUGACGUCCUGGGGCAGCGGACCAAUACCUACAGACCUGACCCCAGAGUCUACAUCAAGCUAAUCCAAGAGUGCCAGGACCUGGACCUAGAGGGAGAGUUCUCCACCUGCUUCACAGAGCUGCAGCGAGACUUCCUGAGGCAGCGUCCGACCAAGGUGAAGAGCCUCAUCCGCCUAGUGAAGCACUGGUACCAACUGUGCAAGGAGAAGCUUGGGAAGCCACUCCCACCCCAGUACGCCCUGGAGCUCCUGACCGUCUACGCCUGGGAGCGUGGGAACAAGCAGACAGAUUUCAGCACCGCUCAGGGGUUCCAGACCGUCUUGGUAUUAGUCCUGAACUACCGGGAGCUUUGCAUCUACUGGACAAAUUAUUAUGACUUUGAAAACCCUAUCAUUAAACAGUACCUGAGGAGACAGCUCAAUAAAUCCAGGCCUGUGAUUCUGGACCCGGCCGACCCUACAGGAAACGUGGCCGGUAAAGACCGGUACAGCUGGCAGCGGCUGGCAGAAGAGGCCAGAGUCUGGCUGGGUUACCCAUGCUUUACCAACAGGGAUGGGUCUCCGGUGGUCUCGUGGAACGUGCAGCCUGAAGAAGACUAUCCAAACGAUUGGUUUACCUGUGAACACAGGACAUAUCAGUGUCAUGAUUAUGGAUGGCGUCCUGCACCCUCUGAGAACCUCAGCACGAGCCUGGCAGCAUCCGUUCCCCAGAAGGAAGAUGACUGGACGUGUGCCAUCCUCUGAAUGCCAGCCCAUCUUCAGGCGAAGGGCUCCAGAAUCAUCCAGACCAGUCCCCUCAUUUUGGAGGUGGGGGGGGGGUCCCUUGAUCCAGAUAGCAGAAGACGGCCCCCAAAGCAGCGGUGAAUGGGUGUCAGACUUCAGACCCGAAUCCAGGUCUCCCGGCCCCCACUCUUCCCCCAUUCAGUGGUCUUUCAACCCAUCAUAGAUGACGUUCCCUGCAGCCCCACCCUACCCCAGCCUGAUCUCUGACAAUGUUCUCUGAGAGACAACCAGAGAGCCUUAACUGUAUUCUGUCUUCCUAGUGGGAGAGUUCUAGUCCAAUUUCUCGUCAAUAACAGUAAAAAGAACAGCAAAUAC